AUGGAGGAAAAGAAAACGAGAAUGAGGGAAUUGACAGAGGAUGAUAUGGUGGGCGUUAAGUCGAACGGUAAUCGGUUCAUGAUCGAUUUUCUGAAGAAUGUUACAAAACGAGCUGCAGAAAUAUUUGAUAAUGAAGUAUUGUCUGGUGAAAGUUACACCAAGAUGGAAAAGAAAGAAGAAAAACCCAGUUCUUCUAAGGGUAUAAUGUUUUCACACAAGGGAGAGAAGGAUGAGGAGGAGAAGAAAAUCCGUGCUUGUAAGAUUAAAUAUCGGUUUUCAUUCGAGGAAGAAAUAUCGUGGGAUGAACAUCAGUUGAAGAAACCUAUGAACCGUAAAGAAGAGAGAUUGAGGGAGAAAAGUAUUAAGCAUAAAGUCAUUAUGCAAUAUGAAAAAGAAUCAGAGAGCCCUCUUAAGAACAAAUUGAAGAGAACUGCAUCAGAGGAAAUUUUUUAUAAUCUCUAUAACAGUAUAGUUGACAUCCCAGAAACUUCUGGGGUGAAAAAGAGGAAAAAUAAUACGUCCAAAAGUAGUAGCAGUGGAGAAGAAGUUCGGGUUGUGAACAAAAGAACUAAGAUCGUACCGGAUUCUCCCCCUCCACUACCUGAAGAAUUCAAGAAUGCAAUUCAAGAACUGGCCCAGGGAAGAAAUAUAUCACAGGAGAUAUUGGUGGUACAGAAGGGACUCUAUAAAUCUGAUACAGAACGGCAACAAAACCGGUUUUCGAUUCCUCUAAAUUCAGUUAUAGGAGAGUUUCUCAAGGAUGAAGAGAAAGACCAUCUUUUGAAACGCCUCAAUGGCAAGCUGGAGUCCAUACAGGUAACCAUUAUUGAUCCCAUGCUAAUAAGGGACAAAGUAAAGUUGAGGAGAUGGCCGAUGAAGAAGAAAAAUGGGAAGGAGAGUGUAUCCUACAUGCUGACUGGAAGUUGGACAGAAAUCCGGGAGAGGAAUAAGUUCGAAAUUGGGAAUGUUGUGCAACUGUGGUCGGUCCGAAUCGAAGAAGAAUUGUUGUUCUGUCUAGUGAGGUUACCUUGA